AUGAAGCUGCUGCCGUCGGUGGUGCUGAAGCUCCUUUUGGCUGCAGUGCUCUCGGCGUUGGUGACCGGCGACAGCCUGGAGCGGCUUCGAAGAGGGCUGGCGGCUGGAACCAGCAAUCUGGACUCCCCUACUCAAUCUACGGACCAGCUGCUGCCCCCGGGAGGUGGCCGAGGCCGGGAAGUACUGGACUUGGAAGAGACAGACCUGGACCUUUUCAGAGCUGCUUUCUCUUCCAAGCCACAAGCUCUGGCCACACCGAGCAAGGAUGAGCGUGGGAAAAGAAAGAAGAAAGGCAAGGGGUUAGGGAAGAAGAGAGACCCAUGUCUUCGGAAAUACAAGGAUUUCUGCAUCCAUGGAGAAUGCAAAUAUGUGAAGGAGCUCCGGGCUCCCUCCUGCAUCUGCCACCCGGGUUACCAUGGAGAGAGGUGCCAUGGGCUGAGCCUCCCAGUGAAAAAUCGUUUAUAUACCUAUGAUCACACGACCAUCCUUGUUGUGGUGGUCGUGGUGCUGUCAUCCGUCUGUCUGCUGGUCAUCGUGGGGCUUCUCAUGUUUUGGUACCACAGGAGAGGAGGUUAUGACGUGGAAAAUGAAGAGAAAGUGAAAUUGGGCAUGACUACGUCCCACUGA